GCCGGGCCGGGGGGGGGAGGUCUCCUGGGCCGCGUGUACCGGCGUGGCCGCGAGCGCCCUCGCACGACGCCGGCCCGGCAAGAGCGGAGUGGGAAGGGGCCCCGGGCCCCGGGGCGAGCCUGCCCGGGCCGUCCUUACUCGCUCCCGCCCUCGCGGCCUAGCUGGAGCCUGGGGAGGGUGCUGGGCCUGGCCUGGACCCCUCCCUGAGGGGCCCCGCCCUGGGCUCCCUGGACCGGGGGUGGCAGGGGAGGCCGAGGCGCAGUCUGGUGUCCUGCGUGAAGUGCCGGGAGAGCGGAAGGCCCCGGUACCCUCGCGCCCAAGUCACCGACCUGGGGCGGGUGGAUGGGACACCGGGCCCAGGCAGCCGCGAGUUCCUUGGGCGCACUAAGCCCUUCUGGCCCUGCGGGGCACCCCCCGAAGACUACAACUCACCAGCUUCAGUCUGUGCGUCCCAGCUGGCCGAAUCCCACCCCCCAACCUCGUCCCCGUGGCCCGAGGCUGGCAAAGGCUUCUGCGGGGAACCCGUGCUCCCACCUGUACUCAGCGCACGGCUCGUCGCCUUGUGCUCCUUCCAGUCGCUUGGAAAACCCACCUCCUACCCAGGUGGGAAGUCCCUCGUUAGGGGCCCACUAGAGCCCUGAGGGCCCUGAGGAUGUGUCCGCCUUGUGUCAGGGGUCAGAGGUCAGCAGCAAAGGAGCAGAUUCCUGCUGAGUCAUCGGCCUGGGUGGGAUAAGUGCCUCUCCCUCCCUCAGGACAGGCGUUCAGUGGGCAGAUGUGUGAGGAGCCACACUGUUGGGGCCCUGUCGGGGGCUGGAGAGUGGCCUCUGCCCAGUUCACAGUUCAGGGGUGUGCAAGGUGAAAGGAGGGAAGUCAGUGGGGUCACGGUAUUACUGUGUGAGGCCAUGCAGGGCCCCCUGGUGUGGGCACUCAGGAUAGGCACCCCGUUGCUGAUGAGUCCUGUCUGCUGCGGGGGCCCUGGGCACCGUGGCACCCGCCCCCCCCCCCCCCAGCUGCUGCCAGCCUGGACCGUUUCUGUUGAUUCCCCUUCUCAGUGAAGUGCAGGGGACUUCAGGGGUCCCCAGCUUGGGAAGUGCUCCUUCUCAAAUAUAGUGAGCAGCAUGUGCCCCCAAGCCCUGCCUGGUCUGACACUGGCCCCAUACAGCCACAUUCCAGGGUCUUCCCCGCCCCCCCCCACCCUCUGUUGGAUACUGUGGGAGACCCCGCUACAGACAGACCUGCACCUUGUGCCCCAGUGGAGUCUGCCUCAGAACAGUAUGGGUAUCGUGUGUAACCACGGAGGGUGGUGCCCUCAGGAAGGAACGGCAGAACAGCUUUCCUGCAGACCCUCUCCCAGGUAUCAUCUCCCACCCCCACGGCACGUCCAGUCUGCCUGUCACCCCCCAGGAGAGCAGACAGGAGAGGUCCCUCGGGUCGUCAUACACAACAGUCUUGACCCUGACAUUCUCCAGUGCCCAGCUGCCUCCGACCACCCAGUGACCCUGGCCAGUCAGCAGCAACCAGCUGCCCCUGUGGACUAGGGCACACUGUGCAGUCUGGCAAGACCAGCAUCCAGGAACCUGAGGGCUAGGUGGGAUCCGAAUCCAGCUCUGUCCCAGCCCCAAGCAGCGGCUGGGGUGGGGUGGGCGUGCCUGGGGCUCUCCUUCCAGGGUAGGAGGAGGACAGGUAUCUAGGCAGUUCAGGGAUUGGAUUGAUGCCCCCUGGGGAUCCAAAAGAGGCCCCCAUGUGGCCUUCCAGAGCUAAAGGCAGCUUCUCCCAGCCUAGGCUCCCUCCAGGCCCUUGGGAGGCAGGUGGACUGGAGUGGACCAGGCGGGGCUUAGGUGUCAGCAUGAAGUUGGGACAAGGGGAGAGGCACAUCUGGAGCCCAGGAUGAGCCUGAUGGCCACAGCCCAGGGCUCAGGCUUCAUCCAGAGCACAGCGGGGAGCAGGGCAUGGCCAGAGACAGAAGACCGCCACUGGCAUGCAGGGCUGGGCUUAGCUAUGCAGGACUCUAAGCUUGUGGAGAGCCAGGAGGCUGCUGCCCGGAUCUGCCAGGGGGUGUGGCUCAGGGGUUUUUAUCUAAGGUGGGACAGUGGCUAGAAAGGUGGAUGGGUCAAAGGGAAGGGAGUGGUCCUGGUGGACAGGGACAAAGGGCAGGGGUCAGAGUUUGGAUGGCUGUGCAGUCUGCGAAUAGGUUGGGGCUCAGAGUGUGUGACCCCAUAGGACAGGUGCUGAGGCCUGGGACAAAAGUGACAAGUUUUGUGGGCUGAGCUCACAUUGGGCCAGGCACGGGAGCAGGUCAGCCCAGGCAGCUGCAUUUUACAGUGCAGGUAAUGAGCCAGAGAGGCCCAGCGAGUGGCCCUGGGCCCCCCCUCGCCCCCCUGUACUGCGGACAGAGACACACAGGUGGGGGGCCACCUGACUUGUUCAGUACACGAUUUCGUUCAGGGCCCACGAAAAUGCAUUAAUGCCCAAAUCAGAAGAAAAAAGCCAAUAUAAUAAAGAAUCCAGCCUGGAUUAUAUUUUCUUUAUGCCAACAAUCAUAAAAUACUGGUUUUCUUUUUAUGGAGGAAGGGGCCCACAAAGAAGUACCUGGGUCACAGGAGCCAUAAAGGAACCCUGAGUGGGGGCUUCGUGCAGCCAGAGCCCCUGCCUGGAAACCAGGGUGCAGGCGCUCCUGAGGUCCCGGGAAGAGGAAGGGCCCCACCAGCACGGAGCAACAUGAGACAGGGCCGGGGCACCCUCCCGGCACCCCGCCAGCCAGGGGCAUCCUGGGACCCGCUCAGGGUCACAGACAGCCCUUGCUACAGCGCGUGUCUGCACAUGGUGGGUGGCGGGGAGCGGGCCCAGUGCCGCUGCCCCAGGAAUGUGUCUCCCUGCCCCUCCCCAGGCCCCUGGCCCCGACAUGGCCCGUCGCUCCCAGAGCUCCUCGCAGGGGGACAACCCGCUGGCACCUGGGUACCUGCCACCUCACUACAAAGAGUACUACCGCCUGGCAGUGGAUGCCCUGGCUGAGGGAGGGCCAGAGGCCUACAGCCGCUUCCUGGCGUCUGAGGGGGCACCUGCCUUCCUGUGCCCUGAGGAGCUGGAGCACGUGAGCCGCCACCUGCGGCCCCCACAGCAUGUUGCUCGCGAGCCCCCCGAAGGCAGCCCUCCCAAUGUGGACAUGGAUGGCUCCUCAGGCACCUACUGGCCCAUGAACUCCGACCAGGCGGUGCCUGAGCUUGACCUGGGCUGGCCCCUGACCUUCGGCUUCCAGGGCACUGAAGUCACGACCCUGGUACAGCCACCGCCGCCUGACAGCCCCAGCAUCAAGGAUGAGGCUCGAAGGAUGAUCCGCUCUGCCCAGCAGGUGGUGGCCGUGGUGAUGGACAUGUUCACCGACGUGGACCUGCUUGGUGAAGUGCUGGAGGCAGCGGCUCGCCGUGUCCCGGUCUACAUCCUCUUGGAUGAGAUGAAUGCGCAGCACUUCCUAGACAUGGCCGACAAGUGCCGCGUCAACCUGCACCACGUGGAUUUCCUGCGCGUGCGCACUGUGGCAGGCCCCACCUACUACUGCCGCACUGGGAAGUCCUUCAAGGGCCACGUGAAGGAGAAGUUCCUGCUAGUGGACUGUGCCGUGGUUAUGAGUGGGAGCUACAGCUUCAUGUGGUCCUUCGAGAAGAUCCACCGAAGCCUGGCGCACGUGUUCCAGGGCGAGCUGGUCUCCAGCUUCGAUGAGGAGUUCCGCAUCCUGUUCGCGCAGUCCGAGCCUCUGGUGCCCUCAGCCGGGGCACUGGCCCGCAUGGAUGCUUACGCCCUGGCUCCAUACGCGGGAGCCGGGCCCCUUAUGGGCGGCCAGGUGACCGGCGCGCCGACCCCUUUCUCCUUCCCCAAACGGGCGCACCUCCUGUUCCCACCGCCUCGGGAAGAGGGCCUGGGUUUCCCCUCCUUCCUCGACCCCGACCGCCACUUCUUGUCUGCUUUCCGCCGGGAGGAGCCAGCGCGGAUGCCCGCGGGAGCCCUGGAGCCGCACGCGGGACUGCGGCCGCUAUCGCGGCGGCUGGACGCGGAGGCAGGACUAGGGGGAGAGCUCGCGGGCCCGCGCGGCUUCUUUCAGGCCCGGCAUCUGGAGAUGGACACCCUAAAGCGGCACAGCUACGCGGCCGCCGACGGCACCGGCGCGGUGGAGAACUUCGCGGCUGCGCGGCAGGUGUCACGGCAGACGUUCCUCAGCCACGGCGACGACUUCCGCUUCCAGACCAGUCACUUCCACCGUGACCAGCUCUACCAGCAGCAUUACCAGUGGGACCCGCAGCUGGCGCCGGCGCGGCCGCAGGGCCUGUUUGAGAAGCUGCGCGCUGGCCGCCCCGGCUUCGCCGAGCACGACGACUUCGCGCUGGGGCCCGGGCCGCGCUUCCCCGAGCUCGGCCCCGACGGACACCAGCGGCUGGACUACGUGCCGUCCAGCGCGUCGCGCGAGGUGCGCCACGGCUCAGACCCCGCCUCGGGGCCCGGGCCCCGCGGCCUGGAACCCAGCGGAGCCCCACGCCCCAACCUGGGCCAGCGCUUCCCGUGCCAGGCAGUGGCAAGGCAGGGCCCAGACGCCGCGCCCGACGCAGAGCAGGAGCGCAGGGGCGGGCCCGAGGGGCGGGCGGGGCUGCGGCACUGGCGCUUGGCGUCCUACCUGAGCGGUUGCCAUGGCGAGGACGCGGGCGAGGAGGGCCUGCCGGCACCCUUGGAGGCUGAGGCCUAUGAAGACGACGUUCUGGUGUCCGGCGGCCGAAUGGCCCCCGGGGACCUGCUCCCCUUAGCCUCCCGUGCGCCCUACCCGGCCAAGGGCCUGGUGCCCUGCUCCGGCGGCGGUGGUGGCGACAGCCCAGAGCGCGAGGGCCUGGAGGAGGCAGGUCUGGCCAGGCAGGACUCCUUCCGCUCGCGCUUGAACCCGCUGAUCCAGCGCAGCUCGCGCCUGCGCUCCUCCCUGAUCUUCAGCGCUUCGCAGGCCGAGGGCGCCGGUGGGGCCCUGGCGGCCACUACCGAGAAGACGCAGCUGCUGCACAAGGAGCAGGCGGUCAGCGAGAUGCUGGGCCCCGGCGGCGAGGCCAUGCGCUCCGCCACUUCCACCAAGGUGGCCGAGCUCCUGGAGAAAUACAAGGGCCCGGCGCGUGAUGCCGGAGGGGCGGGGGCCCCAGUCACAGUCGCCAGCCAUAGCAAGGCUGUUGUGUCCCAGGCGUGGCGGGAGGAGGCGGUGGCGCCGGGUGGGGCGGGGAGCGAGCGCCGCAGCCUCGAGAGUUGCCUGCUGGACCUGCGCGACUCCUUCGCACAGCGGCUGCACCAGGAGGCUGAGAGGCAGCCGGGAGCAGCCACGCUUACUGCCACCCAGCUGCUAGACACGCUGGGCCGGAGCGGCACCGACCGGCUGCCCUCUCGCUUUCUCUCUGCCCAGGGCCGCUCCGCCUCCCCACAAGGGCGGGUCAGCCCCCCGCUGGAGGGGCCUGGGCCGCGCCAGGCACCUCACCCUGAGCCGAGAGGGAGCCCCACCUCGGCCUAUCCCGAGCGCAGGGGCAGCCCGGUCCCCGCUGUGCCAGAGCGCAGGGGCAGCCCGGUCCCCGCUGUGCCAGAGCGCAGGGGCAGCCCGGUCCCUCCUGUGCCGGAGCGCAGGGGCAGCCCGGUCCCCCCUGUGCCGGAGCGCAGGGGCAGCCUCACCCUUCCCUUCUCCGAGGAGUCUCCCAAGACGGGGGCCGCGGAGGAGACGGCUGGCGGCCCCAUGGAAGUCUUGCGCAAGGGCUCCCUGCGCCUCCGCCAGCUGCUGAGCCCCAAGGCUGAGCGGCGCACGGAGGAAGAGGGCGGCUUCCCAGCGCCGCAGGAGAACGGGCAGCCCGAGAGCCCCCGGCGGCCGUCGCUGGGCAGGGCUGAGAGCACUGAGGCUGCCAUUGGAGACGAGCGGGGCCCGCGGGCGCGCAUGGGCUCCACCACGGCCAACGCCUUGUACAGCAGCAACCUGCGGGACGACACGAAAGCCAUUCUGGAGCAGAUCAGCGCCCACGGCCAGAAGCACCGCGGGGUCCCCGCCCCGGCCCCGGGCCUGGCUCACAGCAGUCCUGAGCUAGGCCGCUCACCAGCUGCUGGCGGCCUGGCCCCUGACAUGUCCGACAAGGACAAAUGCUCUGCCAUCUUCCGUUCGGACAGCUUGGGGACCCAGGGAAGGCUGAGCCGCACCCUGCCUGCCAGCGCCGAGGACCGCGACCGGCUGCUGCUCCGCAUGGAGAGCAUGCGCAAGGAGAAGCGCGUCUACAGCCGGUUUGAGGUCUUCUGCAAAAAGGAAGAGGCCGGAGGCCCGGGGGCAGGGGAGGGCACAGCAGAGGACGACACCAGGGACAGCAAAGUGGGCAAGUUCAUGCCCAGGAUCCUGGGUACUUUCAAAAGGAAGUGAGCCUCCUGGCCCCCCAGCCCCGGACCAGGCGCCCCCUCGCUGCCACCCACCAGGCAGGGCACCUGGCUCUCCUCCCCUCAAGGCGGCGUGGAAGCGGCUGAGUACCGCCAGAGCUUGGCUGCGCCUGGAGCUCACCCAGUAGCUGGCCUGCCUUUUGCCCUGGCCGCUCCCCGCUGGGGCGCGAGCCCCUCACUGCCCCUCCUCCAGCUCCAUCUGUGCCCCUGGGCCCUGAGCCUCCCAUUCCUGCGCAUCUGCCUCCACCAUCUCUCUGGGCUUCAGGUCCCCUUUAGACCUUCAUUCACCUCAGGGCCCCGUCUUUUUGUGCCUUACGCCCCCACCUUGGGGGGGGCCCAUCUCUUUGUGCCUCAGUCCCCCAUCUUUGGGGGCUCCACGUCUCAGGGCUUCCAUGUCUCAGGGUUCGCCUCUGCUCACUGCCUCCUGGCUCUACGGCUUCCUCACAGCUGCCUCUUGCCCGCCUCCUGGCAGCCCCAGCCUCUCCCCUGGCCGGCCGGGGUCUCUCCCUCCACCCCUGGUGGCUCAGUCUUCACUUCCUGCCCUGCUUGCGUUCCUCCUCACUGCCUCCCUCUCUGCGUCCUGGCAGCCUUUUCAGUGGCCCACCCUGGGGAGGCAGAGCUGGCUGACUGUCCUGCCAGGAGAACGGAGACCGACCCAGCCUCUCUUCCUGCAGGGCUGCAGCCAGCACCCCAGACCCCUACUAGGGGUGAGAGCACUGGGGGCGCAGCACCAUAAAGCCAGGUCUCCAUGCAUGCUGGGCCUCGGCCCUGCCCUGGAACGCUUGUCCUCGAACAGCUGAGGGCAGGGCUUCGGUGUGGCAAUGCCUGAGCCCCAGCCCAUUGCUCCAAGGGUCCUGGUCCUUCGGGUGCGCAGCAGACCCCGACUGCAACCUGGUCUGGAUCCUUCCCUCUUUGUCACCAACCUGCAAAGUCAAAGCUUCCCCACUUACCUUUCCUGUAUCUUUUUCAUCUCUGGAGAGUGACUUUGAUUUGGAAUAACACAUUUUAACACCAAACGCUUAGGAAGUCCCCCACUGUAAGUGCUCGCAUUGUGAAGUUAGUAUUUCUGCAACCCUUUUUUUUAAGAAUAAGAAAUCGAAAUCACGCAGACUGGGAAAGGAUUUAAGGAACAAGGCCACUGAGCAAAGGCAGCACUUCUGACUCCAGACAGCUGGAGAAGGGAGGGCGGGGAGGCUGGGGGAUACUUUGGUUCAGGUGGAAAAGGUCACUGAGGAGCCAGAUGCGCUGGAGUGUUUUUUGGCCUUGAUGUGCUUGCUGACCUGUUUGCUCUCGCGUGCUUGGCGCGGCCCGUUGCUAAGGGGGAGCCCAUGCAGCCUCCUGUCUGCAUCCUCCACGUUGUGCUGAAUAACACAACUCAAAUGUGAUUCUGCACAUUUUGGUGUUAAUAAAACACAACAAAAUAUUCCAACACA